ACCUCGCGCUCCAGUCGCGGUGCGGGUAUCCGGCGAAGGUAGCCGGAGGAUACCUUGCGCUCGUUGAGACUGCACUUCAGGGACGAUGGCGGAGGGAGAUAAUCGCAGCACCAACCUGCUGGCUGCAGAGACUGCAAAUCUGGAAGAGCAGCUGCAAGGAUGGGGAGAAAUGAUGCUGAUGGCCGAUAAAAUUCUCCGAUGGGAGAGAGCCUGGUUCCCACCUGCCAUCAUGGGUGUGGUUUCCUUGGUGUUCCUGAUUAUCUAUUAUCUAGAUCCAUCUGUUCUCUCCGGUGUUUCCUGUUUUGUUAUGUAUUUGUGCUUGGCUGACUACCUUGUUCCCAUUCUAGCACCUAGAAUUUUUGGCUCCAAUAAAUGGACCACUGAACAACAACAAAGAUUCCAUGAAAUUUGCAGCAAUCUAGUGAAGACCCGACGCAGAGCUGUGGGCUGGUGGAAGCGCCUCUUUACAUUAAAGGAAGAAAAGCCUAAAAUGUACUUCAUGACCAUGAUCAUUUCUCUUGCUGCGGUUGCUUGGAUUGGACAGCAAGUCCACAAUCUAUUUCUCACCUACCUAAUAGUGACUUUCUUAUUGUUGCUUCCUGGAUUAAACCAACAUGGAAUCAUUUCGAAGUACAUUGGAAUGGCCAAAAGGGAGAUAAACAAGCUUCUCAAACAAAAAGAAAAGAAAAAUGAAUAAUGCAUCUAUCUGCUUUAUUCCUGUGUUUAUGGAGUCUGCAUCACCCCUGGGAACAGUUGCUACUAUGCUGUCUGGAUACUAAAAUGUUACAGAAGUAGCUCUAGCUCCGCCUCACUCUGCCCUUAGUUGAUAGAAAUUCACACUUGCCAGGUAAGGCUUUGUGCACAGUGUCUUUGAGUCAGGUGUAGCUGGGCACAUUUUCAUCAGUUGACCUUAAGUGGACAACUCAUUAGUGAGUAUGACUCGUCUUGAUUUUUCUCACCCAGGGUUAAUUGAAUUUUUACUUUUGACGACUUCCUUUAAAAUAACAGUGGUGAUUUUUACUUUUUAGUAUGAUUAACAGUGUUGACAUUUGUUCUAGCUACUGCAAGGUAGUGGUCUGUGGCUAUAAAAAGCUGAAUCUACUGUCUGCUUCCACAGUCUGCUUUAAAAACCUGUCAGGCUUCAUGAAUAUAUAGAGACCAAGUUUACUACUUCUGAUGAAGAGACCAAUUAAGAUUCGUUCCUUGUGCUGGUUUUUUGUUUGUUUGUUUUUUACCAUGGGAGAAGAAUCCCCAUGGAAUAAAAUGAAAUUAAUUCCAUGCCCUAGUUUGUAUAGGUUUCAAACUCCCUUGUGCAAAACUUAGCCAUUUCUAGGAAACAUUGAUUCUUUGUUCCACAGGGAAUCUGACAGGCUUAGAGCUCUUGUUCUCUGCACUACUUCAAGUUAGUAAACCCUUAAGCCUUUUUAACAGCAGACUUCUAAAAGACUGUAUUUAGGAUUUUCAGCAUACUUAGCAUUUCAGGUUUUCAGCUGACCUGAAGUGCACAGUAGGUCGAGACCUGAGUCUGUGACCUUUACUCCAUGACCAGCUAAACAAAGACAAGUCUGCCGGUGUUGAAUGAAAGUUCAUUGCAGUAGAGAAAAAAAUAAUCUGAUUCUUAAGACCAGAGAAAGCCUUCAAGGGUAAGCCUCAAAAUUCCCUUCUUUGGUAAUAAUGACGAUUACUUGGUCGCCCUCCGUUUGGCAUUGAAGAGAGUUCUACACUGAUGACUUUUUUUUUCUCGAUAUUUCUUUGAAAAAUUCAAGGGCUGUUGGUGACAGCAGACAUGUAGUGAUAGCUGGUCUCUGGUCUAUGUAGACCUUGUGACUCUUUGGAAAGCUUAUCAUUCUUUCCUUCUCAGUAGCUAGAAAUUUAGAGUAGUUAACACCUGUAGGAAUAAACCU